AAAAAAUUAAAGGUAUGGGAUGAGUUAAAUCCAGCAGUGAGUACAUAUUUGCGAGUGGCGGUUGAUGAUAUGAUUGAACCGAAAGCGUCAACGACCUAUUUGGUCGGUGAUUUGGUGUGUUUUAAAUCGCUGAUUGCUUGCGGAGCAUGGCGAGAGUCGUCAUCGAGCACACAAAUGCGACACUUCAAUUUUAUCGACUCGGAUCGAGGCAUUGCCUCGGCGAAUCAACAAGGAAAUGCAGUCAUUUCGGCACAUGUCGACGUUGAUCAGUCGAUAUUCACUGAGGCAACAAUUACGUCGGCAGAUCAGAUUCAGUUCGGUGAAAUACCGAAAGUUAUUUCGAACAUUCCAAAUCGGCGUUUCAUCUUUCCAGUACAUAUUGGCAAUAGUAGUGAUGUGCCGAAUGUUCAUGGUGCGUUAUUGAGUUGA